CGGCCAUUCCGAGCUAAUAGGAAACUAACUCAACACGGCCCGCACAUAGGCAUAGCACAGACCCAGUGUAUUGCUAUAAACGGCGGCUAUUGCAAUAGGAAUCUACCGGGGAAAAGUAUUGUCAGGCUCGCGGGCUUUGUCAACAAAUUUGUCGAUUAAUAAAGCGACCGGGAAUGCGGGUGGAGACAUUUCAGGGCGACUUUCUUUCAUGAAGAAGGCUUUCUUACAAAAUGGAAGAAGAAAUAUUGCAGUCGUUGUUGACCUCCUUUUCCUCAACGAGAAGCCUAUGCGCCAUUACUACUUCACUCGGCAGAUAGAAAGGCAUUGCUUUGUUACAACACAGAUGUAUAGCUACCAGUAAUAUAAUAGGGAAUAUUAGUGAUUUUUUUCCAAAUUUUUAUGAUUUUUUCAAAUGUUGCCGAAUCGAGUUUAGAUUGAAAGGGAAACAUCUUUUGACGUUAUUUUGUGGUUUUAGGGUAUUUUUCUCGAUUUUUCGGGGUUUAUGUUUUUCUUAGGAAUAUAUUUAUUUAGACUGCACUGUCAUUUUAACAUUAUACACGAAUUCAUCAGAAACGUGGUGAUAUGUAUUUCUCAUUUUCUUUCUGCUUUAGUGCGUGAAACAUUUCAAAUCUUUGCAUUCAUCUGCAUAAGAGAAUCCAAUGUUGCACGCAUUUUUUUCUAGAUUGAGAACUUCUGUAACGUUCUAUAGCUAAAACUCCAAUGAUUGAAUGACAGGCACUCUGCAUAAAAAAAUAAAAAUAAAAUGUGACUAAUUUUAAGACUACAAAAUACAUGAAAAUCGUUUUUUACAUGAUUUUUUAUUAAAAAGUUACAUUUCUCAUGAUUUCACCAGUAAAAAUAACGGCUGCGUUUUCGGCAAAGAGCUGUGACAAACGCUCCUCGACAAAGGGUUUGUUUUCCACAAACGUAUUUUCUAGCAGACAGAACGAACCAGACGUGUUUAUUCGCAGAGGGCUGCGUUUACAGUUCUGAUGCCAAGAGUGAGGGAAGGAAACGGUCUUGAUUGCAGGCUUGUAGGGGGAAUCCCAAAUGAUAGAAAAUAAAUCAUCCAAAUAAAUAACCAAUACUAUAUUAUUUAAUGUCUUUAACCCCUUGGUCAAAGCAAAUCUAAUUAACUCAGUUGCAACAAAUAUUGGUAACUAGUUGAGAAAGGGCUUCCACCCUCAGUCAGGUAGUGAAUUUCAACCAUGAGGCGCAAAGAGCUUUCAGAAGAGUUCAGGGAUAAAAUUGUAGAUAGGCACAGAUUAGGGGAAGGUUAUAAAAAAAUCUCCCAUACAUUGAGUAUCCCAUUGGGUACAGUCAGGUCAAUCAUUAAGAAGUGGAAGGUGUAUGGAACCACGGAGACUCUGCCCAGAUCAGGAAGGCCUUCCAAAAUAAGCAGUUGGGCCAAAAGGAUUCUAGCUCUAGAACUCACCAUGAGGCCGACGGCCUCUUUGAAAGAGCUGCAGAGUUCCAUGGCAGAGAUGGGAGAAAAUGUCCACGAAUCAACUAUAGCUCGAUCAUUCGCCAACUGUAGCCGGUACGGCCGAUCGGAAAGAAGGAGAACAUUACAGAAAACAAACACCGCUCUCCAAUCACGUGCAGAGUUUGCAGAAAAGUAUUUAGAUAUUGAGAUGGGGAAAGAUCCAAGGAAGCCGAGGGGCAAGAUGUCCUCCUAUGCCUACUUUGUCCAGACCUGUCGGGAGGAGCACAAGAAGAAACACCCAGAAGCUUCCGUCAACUUCUCAGAGUUCUCCAAGAAGUGCUCUGAGAGAUGGAAGACCAUGUCCGCCAAGGAGAAGGGGAAGUUUGAGGAUCUGGCCAAGCUGGACAAGGUGCGCUAUGAGAGGGAGAUGAGGAGCUACAUUCCUCCCAAGGGAGAGAAGAAGAAGAAGUUCAAGGACCCCAACGCCCCCAAGAGACCAUCGUCUGCGUUCUUCAUCUUCUGCGCUGACCUCCGACCCCAGGUGAAGGGGGAGACCCCGGGCCUGUCUAUCGGUGAUGUGGCUAAGAAGCUGGGAGAGAAGUGGAACAACCUAACGGCGGAGGACAAGGUGCCCUAUGAGAAGAAGGCUGCCAAGCUGAAGGAGAAGUACGAGAAGGACAUCACUGCGUACCGCAACAAGGGUAAGGUGCCCGUCAGCAUGCCAGCGAAGGCCGCCGCACCCGCCAAGGACGACGAAGACAGUGAUGAUGAUGAUGAUGAGGAUGAUGAAGAUGAUGAUGAUGAGGAUGAUGACGAGUAGAUUACUGUUGUUACGUGUAGCACUUAUAAUUUCUUGUUUAUAAAGCAUUUAACCCCCCCUUGUACACACAUCACUUACUGAAAACAAAACAAAACUUGAAAAAAAAGUCAAAAGACGCUAAAAAAAAAAAAAAACUGUACCAAAA